CCUAAAACAUCACUACCAACCAGAUACUUCCUGAACCCCCUGUUUAGUGAUAUCACUCUCAUAUGCGACGGGCAGUACUUCCCCGCGCAUCAUCCGAUCAUCUGUCCCCAGUCGCGGUACUUUGCUCGGACCAUUGAUCAAUCAAGGCCGUAUCCUGAGGUAAAUCCACUGCUUCCCACCCUACUCAAUGCAAACUUCUGACGGUAGCCGCGAGGACGACAGAUGAACAGGACGAGACCCAUCCUCCUCCAACACACCCCGCCCUACCUGUUGAUCAGAGUCCUCGAGUUCCUGUAUAAGGGCGACUACACCGUCAGUAGUGCCACGAUCUUGAACGCAAUCGACAGCGGCCUGCUUCGCGAGAACACUGUCGUGACACGUACCCCUAACACCAACAUCGCCAACGCAGUUGACCGCGACAGGCUAGCAAUCCGCUACGCCGCGUGCUUUCACGCCAGAGUGUACGCGCAAGCCGAAUACUUCGUGAUCGAGAGUCUCCAAGCCCUCGCGGCGGACCGCUUCUCGACCGCGCUGUGGUCGCUGCGUCAGGACGAGGAUGGGUUCGCGGCGGCGAUGGCUGAGAUCUAUGACCGACGCGCCUGGAACUACGUGCGUCUGCACCAGCGCGUCGUGCCUGAGAUCCUGCACAGUCAGACCAUCUACCGCGCGGGCCCUGGGUUCCGAGGCAGGGCCUUGACGCCGCAGUUGCUGGAGCAAGUGCCGUGUCUGGGGCGCGAUUUGGCGUUUGUUGCGAUGGAUGAGGUGGAUCGGCUGCGGCGUCGGUUGGCUUCAGCGGAGCAGGCACUGAGUUCAGUGGUUAAUCGUGCGGAAACUCAUGCGCCGGGACAGGAGGCUGGCUCUUUGGAUAUGUGACUAAGCGAUUGGGUGUAAUUGCGACUGCUUUGCAAGAUUGCAUAACGCGUGGUUUGUCGAAUUACAAUGGUUGAUCUCCCG